CGUCCUCCUCGGUCGUUUCCUCGCCUCUCUUCCCGCCAUGAAGAAGUUUUCUCGGAUGCCCAAGUCUGACGGCACCGGCGGCAGCCCCGGAGGCAUCGGCGGUGCACCGGCGGCUGGAGGCGGCGUCGUAUCGGUAUCGGGCGGCGGCUCGGGCUCCCUGUCGGUGGGCAGCAGCAGGGUCUUCGCCGUGGGGCGCUUCCAGGUCACGGUGGAGGAGGUGCUGGCCGAAGGUGGCUUUUCCACGGUACUUCUUGUGCGUACUCAUGGUGGAGUUCGAUGUGCAUUGAAAAGAAUGUAUGUAAAUAAUGUGCCUGACCUCAAUAUCUGCAAAAGGGAAAUAACAAUAAUGAAAGAACUGUCUGGGCACAAGAACAUUGUAGGGUAUUUGGAUUGUGCUGUCAAUUCUGUUAGUGAUAAUGUGUGGGAAGUGCUUAUCUUAAUGGAAUAUUGUCGUGCGGGGCAAAUAGUGAAUCAGAUGAACAAGAGAUUACAAACGGGCUUUACUGAAUCAGAAGUGCUAAGAAUUUUUUGUGAUGCCUGUGAAGCUGUUGCUAGGUUGCACCAAUGCAAAACUCCCAUUGUUCAUAGAGAUUUGAAGGUUGAAAACCUUUUAUUGAAUGACAGUGGAAACUAUGUGCUUUGUGACUUCGGCAGUGCCACUAAUAAAUUCCUUAACCCUCAGAAAGAUGGAGUCAGUGGAGUUGAAGAAGAAAUUAAAAAGUAUACCACAUUGUCAUAUAGAGCUCCUGAAAUGAUCAAUCUUUAUGGAGGGAAAACAAUUACAACCAAGGCAGAUAUCUGGGCCCUUGGCUGCUUGCUGUAUAAACUUUGCUUUUUCACACUUCCCUUUGGUGAGAGUCAGGUUGCUAUUUGUGAUGGAAGCUUUACCAUCCCAGACAAUUCGCGUUAUUCUCACAGUAUGCAUUGUUUGAUAAGAUACAUGCUUGAACCAGAUCAAGAGCGAAGACCUGAUAUCUUUCAAGUAUCUUAUUUUGCCUUUAAACUUGCCAAAAAGGAUUGCCCAAUUUUAAACAUGAAUAAUUCUCCUCUCCCUUCAACUCUUCCUGAGCCCUUGACAGCUAGUGAGGCUGCUGCUAAGAAAAGCCAAAUAAAAGCUAGAAUAACAGAUGCCAUUGGACCAACAGAAACCUCAAUAGCACCACGUCAGAGACCAAAGGCCAAUACGAGCACUGCCACUUCUAGUGUACUUACAAUUCAGAGCUCAGCCACACCAGUAAAAGUGCCAGUUCCUGGUGAUUUUAACAAUGAACACAAAGGAGCCUCAAAGGUUGGAAAUGGACACGAGAGCGUAUUAUCGCCGGGAACCCCACAGCAAAACAGAGUAUUGCAACAACUGCAGCAAGGUGACUGGAGACUACAGCAGCUGCAUCAUUUACAUCAGCAACAGCAACAACAACAAUUGCUCCAUGAUUCAUACGUGCAGCAGUAUCAGCAAGCAAUGCAGCAGCAUGUCGUUCAACAGCAGCUUUUGAUACGCUCUGGGUAUCAGCAGCAGCCCCCUCCUCCAUAUCCUGCUAUGAUGCAGCAGUACCAACAAGCUCUUCUACAGCAACAGGUCCUUGGGAAUCAGUUGCCACCACCGAAACGUUCUCCUGAAUUUCUUACCUCUCCUCAGGAGUUUUCACCAGCCUUAAUCUCUCAUUCUAAAUCCUUUCCAGCUCAUGUUGGUGCAGCUCUGGAUGCUCCUUAUUCCACAAACAGAUCAUCUUCCUCUGACAUGGAGUCUGUUUCCAGCUAUCCGAAACAAAACAUCAGCAGUCCCCCUGAUAUGUCUGGGUGGAACCCUUUUGGAGAAGACAACUUCUCCAACCUGACAGAGGAGGAGCUGUUGGACAGGGAGUUUGACCUUCUGAGAUCAAACAGGCUGGCGGAGAAGAGAACUUCCUUAGAUAAGCCAGUGGAGUCACAUUCUGCUCCACUGACCCAUCCUCCAGAAGAUCCCUUUGGUUCUGUUCCUUUCAUUUCACACGCAGGCUCCCCAGGAAAUGAAAUUAAUAACCCAGCCAGCAAUCUAGAAAACACGUUAGAGAGUCUUUCUAAGUAUGAGAGGUCAAGCCAGGUUGUCAAGGACCAGGAUGCUGGAAAGAAGGCUGUGGAAGCACCUGCUAAGAAAGGAAACGAUGAAUCGGAGAGUGAUUUUGAAUCUGAUCCCCCUUCUCCAAAGAGUAGUGAGGAAGAGGAAGAACAAGAGGACGAAGAAGUCUUGCAGGGUGAGACUGGAGACUUCAUUGAUGACAACGAUACAGAGCCAGAAAACUUAGGCCAGCAUCCUCUUCUCAUGGAUUCUGAAGAAGAUGUAGAAGAUGACGAUAAGCACAGUUCUGACUCUGACUGUCACCAUUUUAGGCCUGCAGAAGAGGUACCUUGCGACAGAUACAGAGAAGGACCUGGCAAUAUAGAAAGCAGAGAGAUGAUUCUUCCCUGUCCUUCAUUGACCAAGUUCCCGGGUUCCAGUUUGAGCCCCAAACAAGAAUUCGAUGUCUUUGGAGCGGUUCCGUUCUUCGUUUUGCAGCCCCAGGAACAAAAGGAUACUUCUUCCCACGUCGCCCAUCCAGAACAAGACCAGGACGACUUCGAUGUCUUCACCAAAGCCCCCUUCAGCAGAAGAAUAUCUCAACAAGAGGAUUCGAUCCCAGGCUCAGAACCUCAAAUGUCUCCCGUUUCCCCCAAAAGCGUGGACGUUUUUGGCUGCAUCCCGUUCCAGCCUGUUUCCAUCCAAAGCUUCCACGGUGAAGCAAGAGAGGAUCUGUUCGGGCUCAUCCCGUUCGAGGAGAUCACCGGGGGGAGCCAGCAGCAACACAAGGCGAAACAGCAACAACGGAAUCUGCAGAAACUCUCUUCCCGUCAGCGGCGCAUGAAGCAAGAGGGGUCCAAGAGCAAUGGCAAGCGCCAUCAUGGAACCCCCACCAGCACCAAGAAGACCCUGAAGCCCAGUUACCGGACGCCAGAGAGAGCCCGAAGGCACAAAAAGGCCGGCCGCCGAGAUUCCCAAAGCAGCAACGAGUUUCUGACCAUUUCUGAUUCCAAGGAAAACAUAAGUAUUAGCCUGUCGGAUAGCAAGGACAGAGUCAAUCCCCUGCAGGGUGAUGACAAUCUCCUGGAUCCCUUUGGAGCCAAGCCUUUCCAUCCUGCCGAAGGGCUACGUCUCCCCCAACACCAAGGAUUGGCUGACAAUCGUGGGGAUCACAACAUGGCAAUGCUUGGGAGACCUAGGCAGAGCUCCUUACUUGGCAGCAUUCAUUCUGGCGACGGCGUAAAAUUAACAGAUGAUUUUGGAGCAGUUCCUUUCACCGAACUCGUGCCAAGUGUGAAGUCUCAACAGAGCCAGCAGCAACAGGCAGUAGAGUUAGAUCCAUUUGGGGCAGCUCCGUUUCCUUCCAAACCGUAGACUCUUUUUUAGGAACAUCUGAAUUCUUUUUUUUUUUUAAACAACCUUGGAUUUAAUAUGCCACUCUAAUCCAUUUACUUUGGUUGAGAAACAAAUGUUUUGUUUUUUUUUAAAUCCGCUUAUUUCUCUGCUGUGACUCGACAAUGUUAAAGAUGCAAGAUCAGGAUGAUACAACGGUGAGAAAAGUUUGAGUAGAGAAAAUCUUUCCAAAAGUUAGAUCAGAAGAUAGUAGCUAUCACUGAGGAUAUUGGCUACGACUAGAACAGGGGUCUCCAACCUUGGCAACUUUAAGACUUGUGGACUUCAACUCCCAGAAUUGGACUUGUGGACUUCAACUCCCAAAAGCAAAACUGGCUGAGGAAUUCUGGGAGUUGAAGCCCACAAGUCUUGAAGUUGCCAAGGUUGGAGACCCCUGGACUAGAACAUUCAGAAUUGUAUCCUUUAUAGAGUGCAAUUACACUUCAAUUGAUGGAAGCAUCAGACCGGGUUGAACUAAUGAAAUGGGACCUUAUCAGUCAAAAAUCAAGAAAACGUCUGAAAAAAGCCAGGUUUAUUUAGAACUGCUUCAUUGUACCUGUUCUAAAGGGUUUUUUUUUUUUUUUAGAAAAACACUCUCCUCUUAACAUUUCUGAAAAUCAGAGCUUGCGGUCUUGAUACUGGUUCCUAAACUUACAUGAAGAAACCCAAAUCUUUCUAUCUGCCUGAACUGUGCUUUUCCACAGUAAGUGCCAUUAAUAUAAAACAGGGAUUGUUGUAAUUCUUAGGAUUUCAAGAACUUAGUUGGGGAUGUUGGAAAUGGGAAUGGAACGAGAAAGCAGCAGCACUAACAGUUAGCUUCUUGCAGCACUUUGAAGAUUGCCAUUUCAAGAAGAGAGCGUGGUUUACUUGCAUACCAUACCAACCCAGAGAGAAGAUGGGGAAAACAGCCAGAAAAUUGUAGCAAAUUCAGACCUAUAAAGAGUUUAAAUCAGAGUUUUUACCCCAUGUCUGCUCGCUUUACUGGGGUUUUGUAUUUCAUAUAAACUGUAUGUACCCCACAAGGUUUUUAAUCUUCUAAAAUGGUUCUCACCUGAUUUUUGAAUGCUUUCUGUAUUACAUGAUUGUACUUUUGUAAGACUUUAUACAAAACACACCGAUCAGUUUUCAACAAAAGGAGGUUUAGAAUGGAAGGCUUAAAAAUGAUGCUCUUUUGAGUCUCUUACCAUUACCGCAGAGUAAAACCAGCAAUGCCUUAACAGCCAGGACCACGUCCUGAUAUAAAUUUACCUCUUGAGCCAAUUGGUGCCCUUGAGACACAGAUUGUAACAUUUGUAGAACUUCGGUGAGUAGACAGUACAUUUUUGGAACUUUCAAUCUGAGCAAAGGAAUUUCUAAUGUCUUCAUUCGCUGUUGGUCAUUCUAGGGGCAGCUGUGUUUGUUCAAAAUAGCCAUUUUGAUGUCCUGCAGUUCCUUUUCGGUUUCGUGAAAAUGGGUGUCUUUGAAGUGAACAUAGUAAAACAUUUUGUCACAAAGAAUGGCCAGGAUCCAGAGAUCAUGGCAGGAUCUUUUUGGAGUAUGUGUGUGUGUGUCAAUCAAAAAUUGCUAAACGUCUAGCACAGGGGUGUCAAACUCAAUUUCAUUGAGGGCUGCUUCAGGGUUGUGUUUGACUUUGGGGGGCUGUGGUGGGUGUGGCCAGCUCAACAUCACUUGGGGGCACCUCUGGAGGCCCGAGCGCUCUGCCAGUGAAAACGGGCUCCUGAGCUCCGUUUUCAACUGCGACGGCCUCCUGCAACCCUCUGCCAGUGAAAACAUAGGGAGGGCGGGCCGCACGCAGCCCUCCUGAACUCCGUUUUCACUGGCAGAGGCACAGUGGGCCAGUCCUUCGCUGUUUCCAGGCCAGAUGUAAUCACCCCGUGGGCUGGAUCCAGCCCCCAGGCCUUGAGUUUGACAUCCCUGGUCUAGCAGAAUGCUUGCAUGACAAAGAGGAAUCCAUUCUUAAAAUGUGAAAAGUUUCAGUAACCGUUUCUCUCAUUAAACGAAUGAAGGUUGACAUCUCCGGAUCCUUGCAUAGACAUUCACAUAUAUAUGAAUUUGGACUGUAGAAGCUACGUGACCUUAACUAUAGCUGGUUGAAUUUCCUUAAAAGAUACCAAGUAGUUGGUUUUUGCCAUCCAGUUACUGUAUUGAAGCGCAAAGAAAAUACAGUAACUUUUGGAUAAUUUGCAAACAUAAUAAAUGUGAAGAUAGAGGUUUAAGAUCCUUUAACUGUACUUCAAAGUUUUGAAAAAAUAUGUAGCAUUUUAAUCAUUCUUUGAAGUUAAUAGUUUCAAGUUCUUGCUAAAUGUGCUUCUAGAAGUGAAGUCCAUCUCUUCGCAUGGUUUGAAACCCAUAUCCCCCCCCCAAAAUUAGAUGUCUGUCUUAUUACACUAAAUAUUGUGUAAAGAUCAGUUAAAAAUCAGCUGUGCAUGUGCCUCAGAAGGCCUGUUCCUUUAUUUUUGUGCCAAAGCCUCAAGACAUAAUGUGUGUUGUAAAAUAACUCUCUUUUUAAAGGCCACUUCAACCAUGGCAGACUUCUGAGCAAGAAGGGUUAUAAGCUGUCCAAAAUCAAGUCAUUAAGAACCUGCUAAUUAAAUGUACUGUAUUUGGCUUUCAUAGUGGAAGGUUUUCUGUGUAGGCAAUAUAUCCAUAUGGGUUGAAGACCCAGAGUGAACGGAGAGAUGAUUUUAAAUAUGGUCUCAUUGUGAUAACCUCAUUUUAUUUGAAAAGAUGUACGUGCUUCAGGUGGUAUAAAAGGAAUGCAGUAGUUUGGAUUCCUCACUCCAAAGUUGCCACCACUUUACUAAAAUCAAUGGGACAAAAAAGUAAAUUGUAGCUAAUCCACCUAAUUAGCUUGGUAACGUGUUUUUUUUUUUUUUUUGCUUCUGAAUGUUAUCUAUAUGAUUACACCUGACAUCUGAUUUUUUUAAAAUAUCUCCAUCCAAACCCUUUUCAUCAGAAAAUCCUGAUGAAAUCAGAUUGCUGUAAAUUGUUUUCAGUAAGCAGUUAAGAAGAUGAUGAUGUAUAUGCCAUGAGAAAUGACAUUUUAGAGUAAUUGGGUCACUCCAUUUUCUGUCUUCUGUGGCUUCAAUUUGCCAGAAGGAUAUCCUUUGUACCAGUUAUGGUUAGUUUUAUUCUGUACAUUAUGUACAUCUGAACUUACACUACAUGGAUAUAUGAAUUCCUGUACUUAAUGACCAAAAAUGGCACCAAUCUAUUUAGUAAUGGGAAGAGCUGAAAUAGCAUAACUUCGGGAUUUGCAUCUGUUUGUAUAUUUCUCAGAUAAUUCUUCCCAAAUCUGAUCUAUGCUAGAAAACGCAUGAGGUUAUCUUGGCCAUCGUCCCUGGUUGUUAGGACAUAUUUUUCAUUAGACAACGUUGGGGUACCCCUACAGGGCUCCAGCUCAGGGGUGAAAUCUACUUACCUUCCUUACCUCCUUCGGAAGUGCAUGCGCCGUGCAUGUGCAUUCACUUCGCUUGCGCAUGCACACAUCACAUCUGCGCGGACCCUCUGUGCAUGUGCAGAGAGUAAAAAACACAUUACUUCCUGAUUAAAAUCAAGAAGUAACCACACCCAGGUGGGUGGGCGGAGCCUUGCGCCACCAUCGCGACUGGCUCUCUGAACCACUGGCCCCAAUCGCUACCGGAUCGCCUGAUCCGGUCUGAACUGGGAGGAUUUCACUCCUGCUCCAGCUAUAUAAUUGGUAGAUAAGGAUGAAGACAGGAAAGAUAUAUAUAGAGCUCUGCAGGAUUGGGGCCGAGGAGAACCCUGUGUCAUUCAUGGCCAUUCGUUUGUUUCAUCAACAUUUUUUUUUUGCUUUUGAAUAACAUCUUUAAUCUCCCGGCUUUCUGCAUCAAUCAGACUUUUAAAAGAAUUUGAUUUCCUAGAUUAUUGUAAAUGAGAUUCGUACACUGAUCUCUCUCUCUGUGUGUGUGUGUGUGUGUGUGUGUCUGGUGGCUGAACUGGGUGAGCUAUUGGCAGUUUCCACAAAGUUGAUUUCUAUCGCUUUGCCAAGUAAGCUUAAACAUUGAAUUCUAUGCUUCACUGAGAAAGCUGUUUAUUUUCUUUGGGUGGGGAGUUUGGGAUAGCCUUGCUCGCUUGAUGGAUGUAUUUAUCCACAUAUCUGAAGUUCACUCUGUUUCGGUCUUUCCUCCAAUAGUAAGAAGAUUGAGAGGCAUUGAUUCAGAACUGGAGAUGGUUAUCCAGUUUCCAUUUUCAUGAAACGUGUAGACCUUCUCAUUACUGCGUAGGCAAAUCUGAGCCUUCCUUUUACUAAUCAGCUGCGUACUUCAUCUUGGGGCCUAUGUAGCUUUGGACAGGAUAACUUACUGGUAAAAAUACGGUACUGUUUAUAUUUAAUUUGAAUAUAUAAUUUCUAUCUGUGAGGCUGAAGAUAGAAAUCAAGGUGCUUCAGGGGAAAUAUCACUUACCCCCUUAUGGACUGCAUUUGUUACCUGAAUGUGUUCAGAAGGUACAACUUUUGAGUUUUGUAAUCGAGAUUGAAUCUCUCGCCACAAAUCUUGUAGAUUGAAAUAAUCAAUUCGGGGCUACUUCCCUGGCGUGUUCUACCCAGAUAUACUCUGUGAAGAUGAUCCUUCAACAUUGAAAUUCAGUAGCAAGCACCCUUGUGGUAGGGCUGCCCAAAAGUCCUGUUUUCUCCUAACGAUAAGAAGAAAAAAAACCUACUGUGAGAAUAAAAGGAGAUAGCUACUACUGUGAGAAUAGCAAUUAGAGUUUAUCGGAAUAUUUUUUUAUAUGAUAGUGUAUUUUUAUAGAGAGAUGUAUAUAAAGCAUACACGCGCACACAUCCUGUAGUCUCUUGGGAGUCUGUGAUUUAAAAUAUAGCAUUGCAGUCACAAUCAUUUUCAUGGCAUUGGAAGACGAAACGGAGCCAAAAGCUGCUAAAAGAGUAACAAGAAAAUGCAAAAACAUUGUCUGUCUGAUUAUUUUUCUAGAGCGCUUUGAAGAGAAUAUUGUAAACCGUUGCCUAGAUUAGUUUCUGGGAUAAGAACAUCACUUAAGAAUAAAACAAUAACGUUACAUUCUAAUUGCUGGCGAACAGCGUUAAAGUGCACUUUUCAAAAUUACACUUCCAUAUCUUUUGUUUUGUUUAGACUUGAAAUUUCUAAAGCGUCGUGCGGUGUGUAUGUGUGCAUGUAUGUGUAUGGGUAACCACUAAUACCUUUUUGUGCAAAAACGAUGUACAUAAAACAACUUCCAGUUGUUAAUCAACCAGAUGUCAUGUUUCUGUAACACCAACCACUGUGUGAAUUUGCAAUGGGGCUAGGAUGUUAAGAGUAAAACCUGUCAUUCCAGUACUGUAUGAAGAUUUUUCCAAUGUGUAAGAUCUCAUUUACAUCUCCUUUAAUUUUGUUCCAUCCAAUGCCAGCUGUUAUAAUAAAGUCUUAUUGUACCAUUUUCAAAGAAA